CUCUCUCUCUCUCUCUCUCUCUCUCUCUCUCUCUCUUAGUCUCCCUGCACACAGCCACAGCUCAAUAUCCUAACAGCCUGCCUCUCUUCCCUCACACACACACACAGCUAGUCUCUCUCUCUCUCACACACACACACCUCUGAGCGGCCGCUGAGCCCAGCCAGCACAAACAGUACCUUACUGAGCUCUGAGCAAAAUCAGGCUGGGAGGAGAGGGAAGAGAGGAGAAAAAACACAAAACCCACAGAGGAAAGACAGAAAGCCACAGGAUGAGGAUGAGGAUGAGUCCCUCUGGUGUGCCGGCAUCUCCCUGCUGUCCCGUGCAGACCCUGCAGCGCUUCACAUCCCCCCUGCUUCUCCUCCUCCUCUUGAGCAGCAGCGGCAGGAUCGGGGCCGUCCCGUCCCCGUUCCAGCUGGCCCCGGACACCCCGGCCCCGGCAGAGCCCACCCCGACCCAGGCCACACCUCGUCCCGACCCCUGCGAAGGGCGACCCUGCCUCAACGGGGGCUUCUGCCUGGCCCUCCCCUCCGACGGCAGGCCAGAGGACAGCAGGGAGUACGCCUGCACGUGCAGCCAGGGCUUCACCGGACGCAACUGUGAGUUUUUCAUAGACCCUUGUGCCAGUAGCCCCUGUCUCCAUGGAAACUGCAGCCGUAGCGACGGUGGGGAGGAGGCUUACACCUGUGAGUGCAGUGAAGGCUACGAGGGGGAGAGGUGCGAUCAAAUCCUAUUGGACCUGCCCGCUGCCAACUGGGACCCCGCUACUCCGUCCGCCCCUGAACUGGCUACUCCCGUCGCCUCCACAACCACGACUGCCACUCAGCCGCAACAGCCAACCACUGCCCCCCCCACCACCUCACCGGCCCCUCCCACCCUGCAGCCAUGGCAACCAAAGCCUGGGCAGAGGCUGCUGGUGGUGCCGUGGGAGGCAGAGAGGGUGACUGAGGGACUGCAUUGUGUGAGCCCUGAGCUGUGUGAGCUGACAUCGGGAACCCUGACUCUGUCUCUGGAGGUGCCCGAGGAGACAGCAAUUAAAAUUGUGGUGAAUGCCAGCGGAGCUCCGGUGCUGUGGCGGGUGAGUGAAGAGGGUUUCCUGCGUUCCUCGAUGCUGGAAGGCACCAUGAUGUGGUUCCAGCAGGCACCCGAUGGACUGGUGCUGCCAGACCAUUCCCUGCCCCUGGGACAAAACUACUUCCUCAGCGUGGUGCGUGUGGGCAGCCCCACCGCCCCGGAGGUCACGCUGCGUCUCAACCUGACGGUGAAGGCCAGCAGCUGCGUGGAGCCCGGCAGCCGCUUCAGUGACCCUCAGUGCUCUGGGAAGGGCAAAUGCAUCACACAGCCCUCUGAGAGCACGUUCUUUUGCGAGUGUGAGGAUGGCUACACUGGAAUCUUCUGCGAGGAAUUUGACGCUUGCCACCACAGACCUUGUCACAACAACGGCACCUGCACCGACAUCAGACAAGGGGAUGAAGGGCGCAACUUCACAUGCACCUGUCCUCCAGGGUAUGAGGGGGAACGUUGCCAGCUGCUGGUGGACCACUGCCUCUCCCAGCCCUGCAAGAACGGAGCCACUUGCUUCAGCAGCCUGGCCGGGCCCAGGUGCUACUGUCCCGAAGGCUACCAGGGAGCUAUGUGUGAGCAGAAGGUGGACCCGUGUGCUUCCAGCCCCUGUCACAACAACGGGACAUGCUACGCCCAGGGCCCAGGCCCCCUGGGGUUUGGCUGCAGCUGCACAGCGGGCUUCACUGGCCCCACAUGCGCUCAGCUGGUGGACUUCUGUGCCCUGAACCCCUGUGCCCACGGGAUCUGCCGCAGUGUGGGCAAUAGCUACAGGUGUCUGUGCGUCCCAGGCUACCAUGGCUUGUACUGUGAGGAGGAAUACAAUGAGUGUCUGUCUGCUCCCUGUCAGAACUACGCUACCUGUAGGGAUCUCAUCAAUGCCUAUGAGUGUGUGUGCACACCACAGUUUGAAGGCAGACACUGUGAAAUCUACAAGGACCCAUGUCUGAAGGUGCACUGCCAGAAUGGAGGCCACUGUGAGAGUACAGGACUCAACACUUCCUGUUCCUGCCCCCCUGGAUAUGUUGGGGAGAGCUGUGAGAUUGACAUCAACGAGUGUGAGAGCAACCCUUGCCACCAUGGAGGCACCUGCAUUGACCAAUCAAAUGGCUUCACCUGUCACUGUCCACCAGGGUGGGUGGGGCCCAGCUGUGAGAUCCACCUGCAGUGGAAGCCAGCACACCCCGAGGACACCCUGACCAACAUGCCCCGCCACUCCCUCUACAUCAUCAUCGGAGCUCUGUGUGUGGCCUUCGUCCUCAUGCUCAUCAUCCUCAUCGUGGGCAUCUGCCGCAUCAGCCGCAUCGAGUACCAGGGCUCGUCGCGCCACGCCUACCAGGAGUUUUACAACUGCCGCAGCAUCGACAGCGAGUUCAGCAACGCCAUCGCCUCCAUCCGCCAUGCCAGAUUUGGGAAGAAGUCCAGGCCUGCUAUGUAUGAUGCCACUCCCAUUACCUAUGAAGACUACAGUCCUGAUGACAAGCCUUUGGUCACCCUCAUCAAAACAAAGGAUUUGUAAAACACCAAGCAUCCCAACACAUCUUAACUUGACCUACACAUACAACUGCACAUGUACAGAUGUGCAUGAAUACACAUGCGUACAGAAAAUCAGUAUAAAUCUUACAGUAUUUCUUUAGAAAAAAAAUCUCAAAACAAAAUUGAAUGUAAAGUGAGGAAGAGGAAGAAGAAAAAUCUAAAAUAUACUAUGUAGUUUAAGAAGAACAAAUCUGGAAUUUGAUACAUCUAUUUUCCUGUCAAAGUCCACGAUAAGGCUAUAUUGUAGCAUAAGAGUAUACUUUGCAUUACUUUAGUUGUUGAUCAUGGGUGACACUACCAGUAACCUCUGCUGUACAAUAGAGUGAUGACUUUAGUCUGCACCAGACUGUCUGUCUGUAGGUGGGGCCAGCAACCCACGAACCCAAUUUCUAAGUGUAGACUCAGCAGACAGUGCUGAUAACUGUCCUUACAGGUGUGGUAGUAAUAGUUGCACUCCUCAUAGUGCAUACACUGUAUCUCUUUCUAUAUUUAAAAGAUCUGCAGUAGGUUGCCUUACUUGGUGCAUGGGUAGAUUUUGGUGUUCUCUCUGCAUUAUUUUGAAACCCUUUGUACUUGUGUUGUAUUUUUUCCAUUGUAGCUGUAUUUCCCUCUGUCAAGUUUGUGCCAAAUUUUUAUUUGGGUAAUUUGUGGUUGGUAGAUCAUAUAAAAUGUGUAAUAAAAUGACUUGUCAAGUGGGAGCUGAUGGAGCAAUGUUUUUUUUUGUUUUUUUUUUUCAAAAAUAAUACAUAUGGUCCUGUUCUUUACAUGCAAGUUUCUCAAUGGCGUACUUAUAGUAGAGAAAGUGGGUAUACUACUGAGGAAGGAUUGGAGUAAUGUGACCUUACCUUCCUAUGUAUUUCUGUGAUCACUAGGUUAAUAGGUGGGUAUAAUAUAAAUGCACAGAAUAAUAAUUGGGUGUACUCGGUGUACCUGUUUAUGCCAUUGACUGCACUGCUAAGGUUUCUGUACAAAUAAAUUGCUUGUUUUGACAAUGUUGAAUAGUUUCUUUAGGGGAGUUUCACUACAAGAGUGGCUUUUCGUUGGCUUUAGAAUGAGGGAGCAGAAAGAGGAGGUGCAGGAGGAGGAAAAGGAGGCAGUGAGGGGGAUGAGAAGACAAAGGAGCAUGAUGGGCAAGAGAAGAAGAAGGUGACUGAGAGGACAAGAGGGAGAGAGAAUGUGAUGAUGAUGAUGGUGAUGAUGAUGAUGAUGAUGAUGACGAUGAUGAUGAUGAUGAUGAUGAUGAUGAUGAUGAUGAUGAUAAUGAUGACGAUGAUGAUGAUGAUGAUUCCAGUCUACUCCAGUAUCUGUGUGCAUCUAUGUCCUGCCUAUGGACCUCUGUCUGUGCAGCUGUGUUGUUCCUCUCAAGGUCAAGCCUCUGGCCUGAGCUAUGUUUCACCAAUAGGCUAGGCUAUUCCUCCUCCUUUUUUUUUUUUUUUUUUUCCAAAACACAGCAACCACAUGAUUACCUAUUAUCUAUGUUGAAUGAUGUAACAAUAAAGAUUCGAGUGAACACAAUCUA